AUGGCUCAGCCAACUUUCAAGCAAUAUUUUCUCCCCGACAAGACCGGUUUUGAUAGCUUGGUCCUUCGUGAUGUCCCCAAAAUGGCUCCCAAGUACGGCCAGAUACUAGUUCGAAUCAAAGCAGUUUCCCUGAACUGGAGAGAUGGUAUUAUUGCCAUGGGAACUUACCCUUUCCCUGGGCCUGAUACUCUUGUUCCUGGUAGUGAUGGAGCCGGUAUCGUGGAAGAUGUUGGUGAAGGUGUCACUGAGUGGAAAGUCGGCGACCGGGUUCUUGCCAACUUCACUCAAGACCACAUAGCCGGCCGACUUAAUGCGCAAACACUCUUGUCCCAGCUCGGAGGUGAAAUCCAAGGUCUAUUGGGCGAAUACUUUAUAUUUCCGAAGACUGGAGUCGUUCACAUCCCAGACUACCUCUCGUUCGAAGAGGCAUCCUGCUUGCCUUGUGCAGCUCUCACGGCUUGGAACGCGCUCUACGGGCUGGUCCCUAUUCGACCAGGCCAAACUGUUCUCUUGCAGGGCACGGGAGGAGUAUCGACAUUUGGAUUGCAGAUCGCCCAUGCAGCCGGUGCAACAACCAUUGUCACCUCGUCAUCCGAUGACAAAUUAUUGAAGGCAAAACAGCUAGGCGCAACACACACAAUCAAUUACCGACAGAAUCCAGAUUGGGCGGCUGAAGCCAAGAGAAUCACAAACGGGCAUGGUGUCGACCAUAUUAUUGAAGUUGGCGGGACUCUCACCUUACAGGCAUCCUUUGAUGCCAUCGCAAUGCACGGCCUUAUACAUUGUAUCGGGCAUAUUACAAACCCGGAUCCCUUGGGCGCUGGCAAAGAGCUCCGUGGCCCGGAUGCUGCUUUCCUGGCGUUGGAUAGGUUGUGCAUUGUGCGUGGUGUGGUGGUCGGCUCCAAGGAGCAGUUGCAAGAUAUGUUGGAGUGUUUCCAAGCCAAGUCUAUUCGGCCUGUGAUUGACAGUGUGUUUGAUUUUGGAAGGACGAGGGAUGCAUAUGAGCAUUUGUGGAGUGCGACGCAUACGGGGAAAGUUGUUAUCCGAUUUUCUUAA